UUGCCGUCGUGUCCCUUGUUCAAGGCGCGCGUCAUCUCUCUGCCCAAGUCUUUGCCGAAUUCGCCCCGGCUGCCCACCUUUCGUCUGACGCGGACGUCCGAGCGGAGAGGCGCAUCAGGGUCUGGCAUUCAACUCCCAUCUCGUCGCGAAGCCAAAAUGCCUGGACCAGCAGCAAGUGCAACCAAUGUUGGGGCUUCCAGCCGUUCCCCCAGCAAGACAGUAGCUCCUCGUGCAGCAGGCUCUACAGUCAGACAAAGGAAAGCGACCAGCAGUGGUACACGCAGCGCUGGCAGGACAACGGCAUCGGCGGGCACAGGGGGCAUGUGGCGCUUCUACACAGAGGACUCGCCAGGACUCAAAGUUGGACCGGUGCCAGUGCUGGUGAUGAGUCUGCUCUUCAUCGCCUCCGUCUUCAUGCUACACAUUUGGGGGAAAUACACUCGUUCCUAAACGCUGCCCCCGUGACCUCUGACUCUUCACCUCUGACCCCUGCGCCUUGACUUCUUAACACAUUGGACCUGGACCAAACAACGAAUGAAUGAACAACAUCCUUACUCCCCCGACACGACAGCAUACACCCAGACAGCCCCCUAACCUCUCCUCCAAAAUUGGGUUUUGUAUGUUCUCCCCUUUGGGUAGAUGACCUUCAUCUGCACUGAUAGGUGUCCACCUUGUUGCUUUUGAGCGUCCUGUGUGUUUACAUUCAUCUGGGAUGAGAACAAGGGAGCCGCGCUAGCCUGCCUCAGGUGCAGCGUGUGCGCUCUCCCCGCCAAGCAACAGCAGUGAGCGUGUUUCCUCCCUCACAGCACGCCGGCUCAGUGUUCACGGACAUCGCCGCCAUCGGGCCGCCAGCAACGUCUCUCUUGCUAGCCUGAGUUAGAACAUAUAGGGUUUUUGUUAACAUUUGUAUAAAAUGUAAUUGUGAUAUUACACAAUAAAAGGCUCAG